UGUGUUGCUCAGGUGAUGGUGGGUUUGGGUGGGGGGCGGAGGGCCGCCCGCUCGGUGCCGGUGCUGCUGCUGUUGCUGGCGCUCGGGGCCUGUCUGGCCUUCCUGGGGCUCAGCUCCUGGGUGUGGAGGGCGCGGGGAGCCGAGCUGCAGCUGCGGCUGUCGGGGUUGGAGGCCAAGUCACGGAGGGCCGAGGUCGACAGGAGCGCGGCCGAGCUCCAGAGGCACCAACUCCAGGUCCACCUGCACACCCAGGCCGAGGAGCACCGCAAGGAGGUGGCCGAGCUGUCCGACCUCCACCACCAGCAGCGCCAGGCAGAGGCCGACAUCUGCCGAGAUGAUAAGGAGGUUCUGAAUAGGAAUAUUACCAGCAGCAGGCGGACUGUCGAAAAGCUGCAAGAUCAAUUUCAGGCUUUGCAGAAGGAGUACAGCCAAUUAGAUCAGAAACUCCAGGAGCUGCAGAAGAAACUCACCUAUGAUGUAACUCAGUGCAGUAAUCAGAUCCGUGAUCAGAAGGAGCUGUAUGAAGAGCAGAUUAAGGAGUUGAAUCAGAAGCUUGCUCAGACUGCAAAGAUCCCGUCAGACAGCAAGUCACCUGAAGAAGCUGAUCAGAACAAGAUAUCAAUGACCCCCAAUGAGCAGACGGAACAAAAAACAACAGAAAAGCUAAAGGAAACCGUAAAGCCAUCAUUAAAGUCUCAAGAACAAACCAAGGAACAAGCAAACCCAGGAGAAGUUCAAAAUAAAAAUGAAUUGGAAGGGAAGACCAAAUCUGCAAAAGAAGUUGAAACUAAUCAGAUCAUGGAAGACACGGGUGUCCUUGAAGAUGCAAAUGCAACUAGGGAUGACUAUGACGAAAAGUCCAGGAGAACUGCAGAUAACGCAAACCAAGAUCGUGAUGAGGGGUUUGUAGAUCCUUUGAAGUCGGAAGAAGCUGAAGAUUAUGAUGGAGAUGAAGGAAAUGUUGCAGAGUUUGAGGCUGACAAAGAAGCGGAACUUGCUGGAGACACACAAGGCCAGGGGAUCAAAGAUCUGAAGAAAAUUGAACAAGAUAAAAAUGACCAAAAGCUUAAACAGAUACUAUGAAGAAAACACACCUUUGAUAUCCUUUUUACCCCGGUUUAACGCAACAUUGGCUGAUGUUACAAUUUUAUACGCUUUAAUGAAGUAAUAGUGUUGCCCACAAAGGGUCAUGACUUUGGGAAAAACUAGAGCUUGUGAUAAUCACGAGUGAGCUUCCGGUGACUAGGGUUCACGUACUGUAAGUGAAGGGGAUUGGAGAUUAUCCAGCUGGUUGAAAAUCUAUGUUUGUUUGAAACUCUGAUUGAGGUAACAAAGCCUGUAUUAAGCAUUCGCUUGGGAUCAGUCUAAAUUAUGUGAUUUAGAUAAUAGGCUGAGUGUGUUUCGGUUUAUGGCCUAAAUUCUGUUGCCAUGGCGGGUUUGAAUGGUGAUCAUAACCAUCUUUAACAUGUCUCCUUAAUCCGGGCGCAUGUUUGCUUCAUACGUGUUAGUGUCAUUUUUACAGGUGACGGGUGUUAAAUGUAGAAUUAUUUGUUUUGUCUCUACAAAUAUUACAGAGAAUUGUCUUUUUUCAGAUGUUGCGUGCUGUACUUGUUUGAAAAGGUUGUUCAGCACUGAAUGGGUUACUAAAGUGGCCAGGUAUCACAUGAAGAUUUUACACGCGUGUAAAGCGGAAAGGCUGCCUGCAGAAAUGCAGUGUGCCUUGUAGUGUUUGUUUAAAUGGUUUUCCUAUGAUAGCAAAUUUAUUGGUGGAAUUGUAUUUGGAAGUUAUGGAAAAAGUCAUUAACUUACCAAAUAUGUUCAGUAUGAGAAUUGCUUAUCACCUGCAUUUUAAGUGUGUGGCGGAGGGGAGGAAAGAAAAUACAUUUUUAAAAAGAUUUUAGGCUAAAACUGUUGACCAUGCAACAAGAGUUGGAAAGGAUAUUCUGGUAAUCUUGCCUUUGUAAACUACAGUACAUUUUGGAAUGACAAAUGCAUUUUUCUGUGAAUCCGAGAAAUCAUAAUGUAAUUCAACUCUGACCCCCAAAAUUUACGCAGGUGGUCUUAUUUUCAUGCAUGCUAAACCUGGGCAGGAGGAGAAAUUAUAAAACGUUUUUCCUGCAUCCUUCUCAAGAUCUAUGAGCACAGAUGUAAUAGUUUUAAAAGCAAGCAGAUUUGAUGUUUCUAGUAUGUACAAUUUUCAAAAAUUCUUACAGCUUUAGCCUGGUAGUUUUUAAUGUCCUGAUUUUUACAUUUUUGGCCACUUUUAUUUUUUUCAUUCCUUCCUCCCAUUACAUUUUCUACAUCUGAAAAACGUGUGUACUUUUGUCGUAAUUUACAGCUGGUGCCUUUGAAGGGGAAAAUAAGUUGUGCAAUUGAUUUAGCUUCAUAAAUUUAUAGAAAUGUUUAAGGUGACAUUAUCAACAAUGAUGUCCUCCCUGUUGAGCCAAUGAAUGUGAAGUUACUGCUGUGCUAAUGGAAGCUCUUCAUUGAUCUGGACCUAGGUGGUUGGUAUAUGUAGCUUUCAAGAUUUGGGUGGGCUUGGGACUUUCCAUUAGCUAUUUGAAUUGUUUUCAUUUCAGUCGAGAGAGGUGAAAUUCAUGAUCCCCGAGUUGAGCUGGAAUUUACAACGCUCAAUUCUCCAUUACGAGUCACAAAGGAAUGGUUUUGUUAGGUUACCUUCAAAUGCCCCAUGGAAUUUAUCAAAUAUGAGCAAACCAGUAGUCAAGAUUGUCAUUCAAGUUAAAAUCUCUGGUUGGCUGACCAAUACUUUACGUAUCUGGAUGUAAAAGUGUUAAUGUUUUAUUUUAAGUGGUAACUUAUUAUUGGAAUGCAAAAUAUAUGAAUUUCCAAAUUUGUUCCAAGUACUUGAAAUCGUUUUCUCAAUUUACUUAAUAAAAAAAACUCUUAAGCAAA